AUGAAAGAGGUGCCAUAUGCUGAAGCUAUUGGUAGUGUCAUGUACACCAUGAUAAGCACAAGGCCAGAUAUAGCCUAUGCAGUGAGUGUUUUAAGUAGAUUUAUGUCCAAUCCUGGAGAAGAGCAUUGGAAAGGACUAAAGUGGCUAUUGAGAUAUCUAAAAGGCACUGCAAGCUAUGGUUUAAAAUUCAACAAAACUGGUUCUAAGAUGAAACUAGAAGGUUUUGUUGAUGCUGACUAUGCCAGCAACAGAGACACUAGAAAGUCUAUAACCAGCUACUGUUUUCAAUUAAAUGAAUGCUGCAUCAGUUGGAAAGUUCAGCUCCAACCAGUAGUAGCCUUAUCAACAACAGAAGCUGAGUUCAUGGCCACUACUGAAGCCUUCAAGGAGGCAGUAUGGCUAAAAGGAAUUUUGAGUGAAAUUCAAAUGAAGCUCAGAAAAGUGACUGUAUUUUCAGACAGUCAGUCUGCAAUUCAUCUUUGCAAAAAUCCAGUCUACCAUGAGAGGUCAAAAUACAUCGAUGUUAGAUUGUUUUGGAUCAGAGACAAGGUAGAAGAAGGAGAAGUUGAACUGAAAAAGAUUCCCAGUGAAGAAAACCCUGCAGAUGCAGGCACCAAGGUCUUAUCUGUUAGCAAAUUCAAGCAUUGCUUGGAUUUGCUUAACAUAACUUCUACCUGA